UACCCCCGACCCCCCUCCUUCAUAUCGGCUUCAUUAGAACGCGCGUUCGCGUUCGACUUCACUUUCCUGGUUUUUCUCUCACGCAACGCUGCUCUUCUCGAGGCAUGGAGUACCCGGACAUGAUGGAGUGUCCCAUUUGUGGGCGGUUGUUUAAGCACUGGGAAAUACAAUUCCACUCUUCCACUUGCCAGAACUUUUCAUCUCCAUCGCAGUGCAGCGAUGAUACGGAGUGGAAAGACCGCGAGAAAGAGUCAAAGCAGGGUGCGACAAAGCGUCACGAAGAUGAAAAAGAAGAGAUACCAAAACGCGUCUCUUUCGACGACCCAGAACGUGAAGAUCACUUUGGCAAGAUGGAAUGGCACGCGGGGAGAGAUGAAGGUGAUAAGAAGGACCAAGCAGAGGGAGAGUUCGAGCCAUGCCAGUCGUGUCCCGUGUGCUCCGACAUGUUUCCGGAGGAUUUCAUCAAUUUGCACGUCGAUUACUGUUUGGAGAACAAUGACGAAGCACAGCAACACGUGUCCAGGACUGACGUUCCCAAUCUCGAGUCUUCACCCAAUCAGCACUGUCAAGAUGAAUCGAUGGAACGUCCUGAGGACGAGACCGAUGAUAAUUUCGAAGAUAAAGAAGAAAAGGACACAGAAUCAGAGGACACAGAAGAAAAGCACCUGGAGGAGGCUGCAUCGGAACAAUUGAAGGGGCAGGAUGAGGAUGGAGAGGGGAUCCCUUGUCCUCUAUGCCAAUACCGCUUCCCAGAAGAUGUUCUACAAGAUCAUGCCGAAAUGUGUGGGGAGCAUGCAGACGUCAUCUCCCAGUUCAUCAAUUCGGAGCCCUAUAAUUGUCCCAUUUGCAACGAAGCGUUCCCCAUCCCGCAACUCCUUGAGCAUGCACAAUUCUGCGAUGGAUGGAGGAACAAAGAAGAGGGCAAGGCCAAGUCCAAAGUUGAUGAGGAAGAGGAAAAAAUCAACAGCCAACGUAUACUUGACAGAUUACUACAAAAUUGCGUUGACGGCGGUGAAGGUAACACAGCGGGUGCCGUGGCUACAACAGACAAUUCUACGGAGUCAUCGCUAAUUAAAAUUUUUACAACAAUCAGCAACCUUCUGGGCAAGGACAGCAAUUGGACAAACGAAAUGGAAGAAAUGUGGAAGCAAUGUGAUGGAUGCCCCUUCAAGUUUAUUGGCAAGAUCAUGAAACUAAACAAUUCCAGUAAAGGCGUGAGUAGCAUUGGUCCAAACAGCAUUUUUUUUGGCAUAGUCAAGUUCGUCAUGGGAAAAAUACAAAACCAGGAUGAGCGUCAAACAGUUGUUGUGUAUUGCAAAGGACUCUUCAUCAAGCAAUUAUUGCCAUGGGUUGAGUCGAUCGGGGGAUGGAAAAUCUUGCUGAUGUGGCUGGUCUUCCUGGUGGCCAUUUGUGGAGUGGUGUAUUUGGCCUACUUGUCCUACACCAAGUUCAGGGAGUGGCGCCAGGCACGGAACAAGUCUUGAAGUUGCGGCCUACGACGACAUGAUUAUUUCAAUCGGACAUCAUUUAUCGAAGCUGCCCGUUUACAGUCACUGGAGGACACUCUAUUCAACUGUCCAAACACACAUUUAAAAAGAAAAAUACCUGAAAUAUCUUUGGUAACUAUUUCUCAGUGUUAAGAUUGUUGUAUUUCUCGAUGCCAAAAACCGAACCAUACAUAUCACAGCUAGCACAAACACGACCAUUUAAAUACGCGAUCUCAUACAGUUACCUUGUUAUUGACUACUAUAUUUACCCAAGAAUGUCAGUGUGUAACGCGCGUGACGUCACUCCACGCCAGCCCCCCUCAUUAAUAAUCAUGAACAGGUGACGUCCUCCAUAUUGGACCCGCCCGCCAUUAAUAAUAAUUAGCAGGUGACGUCACUCCACAUGGGGGGGGCGAGGCGUCUCCUCCCCCCUCCUCAUCGUCAACUCACAACCCUCACUACAAAGGCAGAACCCUCAUGUCACGUGAUCUCCGUAACGUUAUUGAGACAUCAAAGUAAAAAAGGACGUCAUGAUGAACAAGGGAUUAUAACCUUUAAAGCAGGCAUGUCCAAAGUCCGGCCCGCGGGCCAAUCACGGCCCGCGGUCAGAUUUCAUACGGCCCGCAGCUUCGGUCUUAUAAUGUGUUAUUUAUGGCUCGCUAGCUCUGUCAGAAUAAAUACAUCAUAAAACUUUAAAGAUGUAAUUCCUCCUUCCGCCACACAGUGGCAGCACCAUUCUAAUGCUCUCUGGCUCUGCAUCCGUGACGCGAACUAGGCCUCAGCAAGGUAAGGUAAAAGUUAAAAGGUAAAAUCAACGAGCCUACCUUUACCCUACCUUUUACCUUACCACAAUACAAUCACUCUACCCUACCUUUUACCCUUUAGCAGGUAAGGUAACAGGUAAAAGGUAAAAAGCAACGAGCUUACCUUUACCCUACCUUUUACCCUUACCCCAUACAAAUUACCCGAUUACAGGGUAAUUACUAGGGAACUACUACACAUGAGCAAGGUUUAUAACGGUAAAUGCUAGGUAGAGCGCUUUAAUCAUAUAGAAUACUCUCGAUGAUUCCAAUUUUACACACUUUCUUUUAACUCACUCUGUUAUUGUUGUCGUUAUUGUUGUUGUUGUAUCCUCAAAUCUUGAAACUAAAUUUUUACCCACUUCCUAAUGUGGUAUCGACUGCAAACUUGGUAUACUUAUGUCAUACUGAUGACAAUACUAUAUUCUAUCAUAAAAAAUCUAAUAUUUUUGUAACAUUAUUUUUGACAUGUUAUGUUUCGGCUUGGGUCUAAUUGUCCACGCUCAACUGACGUUGGCUGUAAAUCCCCACGGCCCCUUACGCUGUGGAAAGCUUCGGGGCCACUUCCUGGAGUCGUGGAGUUCUUUCAUUACUUGUACAUUUCAUAAAAGCGUGUUUUUAAUAAAGUUUGUUUUAAUAUUACUUAUUAAAUGGAGGCCACGGACUGCACGACGGAGCUUUUAGAGGUAAACAAGGUACUGUAUUUACCGGGUAAUACUUUGCACUAUCUUUACCCUACCGGGUAAUUCUUCCAAGCUACCUUUACCCUACCCUUUACCUUACCCCUUGGCAUGUCGACAUCUUUACCCUUUACCCUUUUACCCGGUAAAAAGGGUAAAUUACCUUACCUUGCCGAGGCCUACCGCGAACCCUUCUCGAAUCAUUUCUGCCAUGGCGACUGCAAAAAAAAAGAGAAAAGUUGAUAGUGAGGGCCGCCGCUUUCAGGAGCGGUGGGAAUUACAAUACUUCUUCAUUGGAAAUUGAGGAAAUUGUGUUUGUCUAAUUUGUAAAGAGACCGAUGCCUUGUUUAAGGUUUUCAACGUAAAGAGACACUACGAGACUAAACAUGCUACAACAUACGACAAGCUAACAGGGAGUGACCGCGCUGACAAAGUUAAGCAACUCCAAGCUGCUCUGGCAUCGCAACAGCGAUUCUUCACGCGGGCCUGUGAGUCAAAGGAAAACAUCACCAAAGCCAGCUACGAAGUGGCCAUGUUAAUAGCUAAACAUAGCAAACCUUUUACUGAAGGUGCGUUUAUCAAAGACUGUCAUGAAAAUGGUGGAGAACAUUUUCCCCGAGAAGAAGCAAGAAUUUAUGAAUGUUUUCCUGGCACGCAACACUGUGGCACGGAGAGUUGAGGACAUAUCGUCAGAUAUUCAGAGACAACUGGGGGACAGGGGAGUGGCUUUUUAUUAUUUCUCAUCAGCCUGCGAUGAAAGCACCAAUGCAUCUGACACUGCACAACUACUUACUUUUUUUAAGAGGAGUUGAUGAAAACAUGAACCUGACAGAGGAGCUGCUUGACCUCAAAAGCCUUAAAGCUGUUGAUGAUAUGAAACUACCAUGGAGUAAAGUUUCUGGGAUCAUUACCGAUGGUGCGCCUGCCAUGGCUGGUGAGCGAAGUGGAUUGUCCACACUGAUCUGCAAUAAAGUCAGCGAAGAAGCAGGCAAUGCUAUUAAACUUCACUGUAUCAUUCACCAGCAGGCUCUCUGCGCCAAACAUCUCAAAUUUGACGAUGUUAUGAAACCAGUGGCAAAGGCAAUCAAUUCUAUUCGCUCUAAAGCUCUAUACCACCGACAGUUUCAGCAGUUCUUGGGUGACAUCCAGGCUGAAUACGGUGACGUAAUAUAUCACAACGAUGUGAGGUGGCUAAGUCGGGGGUCCGCACUGCAGCGAUUUUUCUCUCUCAAAAGGGAAAUUGGACAUUUUUUGGGUGAGAAGAGACAACCAAUGGAAGAACUGUCCGAUCCUGUAUGGCUGGCAAAUCUGGAUUUUUUUGGUUGACAUAACGAAGCAUCUGAAUGCGCUGAAUGGAUGCAAUGGAUAUUACGUCGCGGUCUGCUUUUCGCUUGCAAGUUUCAGAUUUACUGAAAUACACCCGUCAAUUGGACGGGCAAAAGGCUCGUAAAUGAUAACAAAAAAAGGUUGAGAAACGCAGAGCUCAAUGAAAUGUCAGUGUCGUGCCUGUGAGCCAAGUUCACAUCACUGAACAUAUAAAAUUUUGACUUAAAACUUUCGUGACUGCAGGAAUUCAUAUUCUUGGUUCUUUCGGUAAAGUCACGUAAAUAGAAAAAAAAAUAGGGAUUUUUUUUUCUUCUAUUUGCUCCGAUUUUUCCCUCUCCGUUUAUAAACAUGCGUUUAGAGUAUUUGGCUACGAUAAAGUUGCACGUGAUAAGCCACUUCGUUGAGCUAUCAUUUGUGGUCAGGUCGCUUCUGAAAAAGAGCUAUACAACUCAGUGGCCCUUAUCUGGUAAAAUUAAAAAAAUCUUUCUCGCCAUGCUCGUUAUGAAUGUUUUCAUAUCUGUAAAUGUAUUCACAUUUUCUUCUUUGAAAUGUAUUUACAUGUUCACAUUGAUCUCAUUCAUAUGUAACUCCCUUAACCAAAUCACAUUUCGCUCAUCUAAUUCAUUAAUAGUUUAACUCGUUUAACAUUUAAUUCAUUAAACUCAAUACUCAUUCAACUAAAAGAGUUGGAGCCGCCCCUGUGGAAAAUAAAUCUGCCAGACGGGAGGUGAUGGCGUGGCAUUUACGAAAAUAGGAAAUUAAACAUUUUGUACAUGAUAUUGAACCAAUCGAGAACUACCGUAAUUGUUUUUGGUUUAAGUUAAAGUUUUCCUGAUAUGUUUUUUUUUUGCCCGCGUGGUUAUAUAAACUUAUGUGUUCGUCAUAUCA